AGUAUAAAAGCUAGAUAUCGAUCUUAUGUUUUUAAAUUAGUAGAUAAUUGUGAAGUUUAGAUAGCUCGCCAGGCUAUAUAAGGACGUGGGCUGAAACCCAGACCUCAGUUUAUGAAGCACCGACCUAACAGGAAAGCGGUUAACCUCAACCACUCAAAUUAAGCCCAGCAAGAAUGAAACAGACGAUCCAGCUGCUCCAGGCGGUGUUGAGCGUCGCCUGCGCAGUACCGCUGGGUUACUCUCGAACCAGCCCUGCAAACGGCUCAGUAUAUCCUGCCAACCGACACUAUGUUAACGGCUACACUGAGGGAGAGAACACCACACAGCCUUCCUAUGUGUACAUACAGCGUCCUAAAGGAUACUUCCGCAGUGUCCUGUACACUGACGAGGAGCUCAAGGGUCUCGACGAGAAUCAGUAUCCUUGGGAGGUUCAGAGUGCUGAUUCUGUGGAGGACGACAGUGUCACUCUAGAAACCAGCACUAAUUCUCAAGAAAACAGCACUUUUCCUCCAGAAAUAAUAGAUUUUCCUUUAGAAAACAGCACUUUUCCUCUGGAAAACAGCACUGUUCUACAAGAUAACAUUUUCUCUCAAGAGAACAGCACAGUUCUACAAGAUAACAGCAUUUACCCUCUGGGUGACACCCCUUUGCUUCGUGCGAACAGCAUUUCUUCCCUCCAUAAGCCUCCCCAAAACCUAUUCAAAAAUCCUUUACAUUUUGACACUACGAAAGACGUUCCAGAAAAAGAUUUAUUCUUCGGGUCUUCAAUUGACUACACAAAAUUUGACCUGGUUAAGCAGCAGGUUAUACGCAUCCUGCGAGGGAAAUUCGAGAACGAUGUCGAGACCGUCUUUAAGAAUGUCCAUAGUUCUAGUUAUAGAUAUCUACAUGUGAACCCGGAUUACUUCGCUGGUGUUUCUCUAGAAGACAUAUUCCAGCAUACUAGAAACUACUUCCGAUUCAAAUCUCCUCUUGAAGCCGAGAACCUACCUUCUAGAACCAUCUAUGAAGUCAGAAAGUUCCUUGCUACCCACUUAGAACUCCCAUUGUAUGUCGACCGAGGGUAUAUAGGAUCUUUCGGCCAAGUUCUACAACGCAACAAGAACUUUUUCAUGCUGGCUGCCAACUCAAGUUUGUACACUGACCAGUACAAGUACAACCUCAUGGUCCAGAUCGUGAGUCGUGUCAUGUGGGAGGCCAACAUGGUACCAUGUCAGGAGUUCAUGAGGGACCAGUUCUACCAUGAGGUGUCGUGGCGAGAGUUCUUCGACAGGAAGGCGGUCCAGCUCGGCGGUGUACGUGAGGGCCCCACGUAUCAUCUGGUCCCCCUGGACGCGGCCCACGUGCCCCAGCGUCUGCUGGGCUGCCUGCCCUGGGCCGCCCAGGGAGAAUGCUUUAGCUGGGCCAACACCCAGCUGUCCUAGCACGUCCAGGACGCCGUGGCCCAGCACCAGGACGUCCAGGACGUCGUUGGCCCAGCACCAGGACGUCCAGGACGUCGUGGCCCAGCACCAGGGCGUCCAGGACGCCGUGGCCCAGCACCAGGACGUCCAGUACGUCGUGGCCCAGCACCAGGACGUCCAGGACGCCGUGGCCCAGCACCAGGACGUCCAGGACGUCGUUGGCUUAGCACCAGGACGUCCAGGACGCCGUGGCCCAGCACCAGGACGUCCAGGACGCAGUGGCCCAUCACCAGGACGUCCAGGACGCCGUGGCCCAUCACCAGGACGUCCAGGACGCCGUGGCCCAUCAUAUCGUAUAUAUGACCAGGGCAUGUAUAUAAUAUAUCAUAAAAUAUCUCCCGCGGCAAUCAUUAAUUUUGAAAAUGUUAUGUCUAUUGUAUCAUGUAACAAAUAAUUUACGGGGUUUUUGGCCCACUAAGUAAAUCUUGACGCGCAGA